UGUCCCCUCUGUGGGUGUCCACUUGGUACAGGCCGCACUGCCUUAACCCACACUCUCUCCCUCUGUUCCUAAGCUGCAUCUCUGCACCGCUUUGCACGACCCUACCAGGUCUGAGAGAGAUAAAGAGAGAGAUAUAUAAAGAGAGAGAGAAAGAGAGAGAGAUAAAGAGAGAGAGAGAGAGCUGCUGAAAGAAAGAGUAGCAAAAGAGGACAGAGGGAACUACAAAGCAAAAUCAGGUGAGAGUAAAAAACAGACAGGACAGACAAGAGGAGAACAGAGGGAGUGUUUUCCUGUGAGGCAUAUCUCAAAUGUUCUUGUUUUUUAAGCAUUCUAAACAGAUCUAGAGAUUAGAUGACCAGGCUUUACACACCGCAGUGUCCUGUCCUGGAACUCUGACAGGAGUGGACACACACACUCAUACACGCACUCCCUCUCUCGCACACAUACCUGCAUACACAGAGGGUAGACAUUCUCCAUCACUGUCUGCAAACCCCCUCGAUUGGACCAUGUCCACGUCCUCGUCUGGAUCGACCAACCACAACAAGCGUCAGUCAUUGGAGACAGACAACUCUCAGAUUGUGUUGGACAAUGACUCAGCCCAGCAUCUGAAGCUGAGGGAGAGACAGCGCUUCUUUGAGGAGGUGUAUCAGCACGAUAUGGACAUCCUCCUGUCCUCAGCCCACCUGCACAUUGACAGCAGGAAACCUCCCAUGGGCAGUAUCUCCUCUAUGGAGGUGAACGUGGACAUGCUGGAGCAGAUGGACCUCAUGGACAUCUCUGACCAGGAAGCUCUGGAUGUGUUCCUCAACUCUGGGGCCAACAACAGCCCACUGGCCUCCCCUUUACCAGAGGUAGACGAUGAAGAGGAAGACGAGGAAGACGAGAGUAAAGAAGUUGUCUACAGGGAGCGUGUGCCAACUUGCGACAUUCGCCACGGGUCAAAAUCUCGCAUGUCAUCCACCUCUUCCGGUUCCAGUGACACCAGCGGGGACGGGACCGACACCCAUGUGGUCCAAUCAGAUGACGAGGAGGUGCACGCAGACACCCUGUUGCUGACCUCCGUGCCUCGAACAAAAGAUGAAGAGGCAGAGGAAGAAGAUGAAGAGAAGUGAGGCCUGUCCGCUCCGUUGUCAUAGAGACACAAGUCACUCAACUGUUCUGACUGUUGUCAAUGACAACAAGGAGAGGGUAAACAGACUAACUUGGAGAUCCAUACAUAUACAGUACCAUCACUUCCUCUUUACAUGUUACUGUGUGGACGCCCCUGAAAUUCUUUGUGGAAAACCCCUAGCAUGGACAACCCUUGUUAUUCUUUGGUGUGUUGUUAUGGGUCAACCCACUGGGCACAGACAUCAUUUAAACGUCAAAUGUUUAUUUACAUUUGGUUGAAAUGUCAACUAAUGUGAAUUCAACAUGAAAUAAACAAAAUAUGUCACCAUGUCAUUGGAUUUAGGUGAAAAGUUGGGUGAAAGAAAGACUAAAUUCCCUUACGUUGAAGACUUUUUGCAAAUCCAAUCAGUUUUCCACAUUUGAUUCAAUGUCAUCAGAUUGCAUUUUUUGGUUGAAAUUAUGUGGAAACAACGUUGAUGCAACCAGUUUUUGCCCAGUGGGAAUUGAUUCUCUGCGUAACUAUGAAACUACUUAUUGAUGACGCGUCAUUGUUUCUACUUAGCACUAUUAUAAGGAACACUCAGUUUUCACAGUUUUUUCUCCUGUUGCUUCAGAGCAAUAUACGUGUAUUGUGUUCAACCAUUAUCAAUGUGCCAAUAUUGUGUUCUGAAUAUUUAUCAUACACAGAAUAUUAUUGUUUGAGGGAGGAAUGUCCAGAUAGAUGUCUGUCUCACAUGAGAACCUGUGAACAAAUACUUUAGUGAGACUACAUUCUAGAUCCAAUCUUAUCCAUUCAUUUAUGCUGCUAUAUAAACACUGAAUUCUAACAUGACUCUUUGCUGCAUGAUUUGGAACAGUUAGUAGUGGAAGUCUCAAGCGGUUUGGUUUCAUUUGUUCUCAGUCAAGAUAUUUACCUCCCUUUAUGUGACAGUUGACAGAGGAUCCAACAUGUAGUAACAUAACACAGUCAACUCACACACACACACACACACACACACACACACACACACACACACACACACACACACACACACACACACACUCUCACUCUCACUCUCACACACACACUAGUCUACAUUAGCAUACUGGAUUUUCUUCUUUGGUUUCUGCUAUUGCUAUUCCCUCCAGCUCAGGACACCUUGAUCACGGCCAUUUAAAAUCUUUAAGUCAGUUAUCUUUAUUUAUUUAUUUUAUUUCACCUUUAUUUAACCAGGUAGGUUACAGUAGCUACAUACAUUUUUUUACGUAUAAGUUAAUGACAUGUACCCAUUGAUUCUUGAAGAACUUAUAAAUGCCUCGUGAGCUUAGCUCAACUGUCGUACCUCAUCAGAACCCAAAAUGUAAGCUUGUUUUACUUUGUAAACAAAGUAAACAAUUUCUCCAGCCCCAUACCUCAGCUUGCCCCUUUAAGAGAGUCAGAAAGAUUUAAGAGUGGUAUUUAGAAGUACAAUCAUCCCUGUGUGGCAUUCCCCUAUGUCAGAAUGAGUUAAGGCAAUGUCUCACCAGAACAACACCAGAACAACACCUUGGUAUUGGUAAAGGCCUUGGUCUCAUUCAGACAAUUCAUGUCACUAGCUACUAGACUAGGGAGGCGUAACCUUACCCAGACUUUUGUUUCUGCUUGGAUGGAGCAAAAUCCUGCACCCAUACCUGCCAUCACAAGGUAAGAUUUCCCACCGUUUUAAUUCAGUACGUACUGAUGUUUUAACUGUAAAAGAAAAGUAGAGAGUAGGAGUGAGCCACAGUCCCUAGCCUCAUGUUGUCUGGUUAUACUCAUCUCAUCUGAGUACCAUGAAAUGCAUGCCACUUUGUAAAUGUACUGUAUGUUCUGUACAGUUCUGAUAAUCUGCUAUGAGGUGUAUCAUUUCCAGUGUUUUCCCUGGCACUUCAGAUAAAAUUGUAUGCCUAUCUAUGCAUGAAGCAAGUCUUGUGAGGACAAACAGGGCGUCUUUCCUCCCUGUAGCCUCCUAUUGAGCUGAAUGUUGGAUAUGUAGACACUGUAGAAACUUGGCACACAAAGUGGUUUAUGCCAGUUUUUCGGAUGUCAGAGUAUAUCAACAAGCUGGAAUGGUUUGUGUGUAUGUGGGUGGGGGGGUGGGUGUGUGCCUGGGUGUGUGUGUGGGUGUGCGCAUACAUGCAUGUGUGUGUUCAUUGCAAGAGAACAGUAGAGAGCAGCCUCAUGUUGUCUGGUUGUACUCCUCUCAUCGGAGUACCAUGAAUGUGACUGUGUUUGUGAGUGUGCAUGUGCUUUCUGGUUUUAUAAUGGUCCUUUUUUGACAGUGGAAAACAUGGUUAUGUGUAUAACUUCCCUCUCUCUAUGAGCUCCCAAUCAAGAUAAAGAAUAAAAUGAAUACAAUUGCGAAACAAAUAAAUUACAUUAGAAAUACAA